UAUAGUAGAGCAAGACAGAUGUUCUCUUUUCAUGAGUUGGCCGGUACAGAUAUGACAUUGUUGCUUGACGAGUCGAUAAUGAUUAGAGUGUUUCAGAUGUUGGAGUUGCACUAUCUUUUCGUGGCGAAACGUGUGUGUUCCAGAUGGAAACCAAUCUGUGAGAACACGUCUUGCUACAGCGAUCUGGACAUGCAGGCAUUCAUCCACAACAGUCGAUAUCUUCCACAUCAUGUACUACAAGCAUUCAUACUUGGUCUAUCAAUGGAUGUCGAUGAAAUCGAUGCUCUCAAGAUGGUGUGUCGCGAGAUCCCCAGGCUCCCUCAAUCACUGGCAACUCCUUGGGUCAAUGGAGGAGAUGAUAGUAUCAGUAGUAGCAGUGUAUAUAAUAGUAGUAGUAAUAAUAGUAGUCCACCAAGUGCUGGUGGAAGGCCAGUCAGUGCACAUAUACGUGUACCUUCAUAUGGUGGCGCUGAGGAUACCGAGAGCACAUUAUCACUUUCAACUUCAUCAUUGUCAUCAUCAUACGAUUCACCUCCAAUGCUUGGAUCUUCAAACUCAUCUACACCGACCCUCUCGAGUAAGGAGGCACUCAAACGACAGAAACUGAGGAAGGAACGUGAGAGACGAAUGGAGGAUGCAAUGAAAGUAUGGUCAGAUGAUAUCAUUCCAAACUGGACAUCAAAGAGCAAGUCACUCAAGAAAGUGCGUGAGAUGAUCUAUCAAGGUAUCCCCUCAGUAUCACGUGAGAAAGCAUGGCCACUAUUGAUUGGAAAUGAUCUGAACAUCACUCCUGAACUGUAUUCUAUAUUCAGACUAAGAGCAGAGAGAGCCAAGCAUAAGGGCGACCUGUCGUUGGGAAGGGAGGGCACCGUGACACUCAUACAUUUGGACUUGCCAAGAACAUUUCCAAAGUUGUCAAUUUUCCAGGAUGAAGGUCCAUACCAUGAGAAGUUGGCUGCAGUCCUAGAGGCAUAUGUAUGUUAUAGACCUGAUGUUGGAUAUGUCCAAGGAAUGUCCUAUAUUGCCGCCAUCUUCCUACUCAUCCUCGAUGACUAUGAAGCAUUCGUCUGUCUAUCUAACCUGCUCAACAAUCCAUGUUUCAUGUCCUUCUACACAAUGAACUUGGAACAAAUGGAAGUAUAUAUGCGAGCAAUGGAUAGUUUGAUCGCGACGAAUCUACCCAAGAUCCAUAGACAUAUGCGUGAGCUGGGCAUACAGCCAGAUGUGUUUAUGAUUGAUUGGGUGCUGACUAUAUUCUCAAAGGCACUGCCAUUGGAUGUGGCUACACACGUGUGGGACUACCUGUUCCUGGAGAAGGAGAUAUUCAUCUUCCAAGUGGCGCUGGGUAUACUUAAGAUGUAUUCCCGCGAGUUGGAAACAGGUGACUUUGAUCUAUGCAUGACACUGCUAACUCAUCUACCAUCAGACAUUGAUGAUGAUGAACUAUUCCAGCACAUAUCCUCAUUCAACAUAACUCAAAAGCAGUUUGCCAAGUUGGUUGGUACAGAUAAA